UCACGAUUUGCAGUUACCGAAGCAGUUCUUCUCGGUGGACGAACGGCUUCAGGCUUUCCACAGUGUCGGGUGGAGACCGCCGCUUUUUAUCUCCUUUGGCUGGUGACUUUUAAAAAAAAAAAAAAAGAAUUUCUCCCCCCCCCCUUAUUCGUCGCUUCGAAUUCAUCAAGAAACCCGUCGAAGAUGACGACGACCACCACCUUCCAAGGAGUGGAACCCGGUGCCAAAAGCAGUUCCAGGGUACUACGACCGCCAGGCGGCGCUUCCAGCUUCACCUUUGGCACAGACGAAAACACCACCCCACAGCGUAAGAACAAGAUGGCCUCCAGCAUCUUUGCAGAACCCGAGGACCCCCAUGCUCAUCGGAGGAACAAUCCACCCAGUGCCAGUGAUGCCGCCGCAGGGACCCUGUGCGGGGAGCCCUCAGCCCCACUGAGACGGUGCCAGCAGCCCAUUCUAUUUCCCAAGAACCCUCAGCCGGAGCUGACCACCAUCCACAACUCUGGAGCCGCUUUGGUGUGGAACCAAAGACAAGAGGAGGAGAAUGGCCAAGAACAAGCAAACAAUGAGUGCCCCGACAACGGGGAGGCAGAUCAGGAGGAGCAGGAGGCGCCACAGCCCUCCGCCCCGUCGGGAAGUGCCAACUCUGGCGCGGGCAGCCGAAGAAACCCACCCGGUGGCAAGUCCAGCCUCAUCCUGGGUUGAGAGACCCUUCUCCUCUUCCAUUUGAACACAAUUUUUUUAUUUUUCAAAGAUAAAUCCCCCUCCCCACAUCACUCUCUCCCUCUCCAUCACUUGGGUCCGCCGCACGGUCAUCUCCUCCUCCUCCUUUCGAAUGCCAACAUGUCCUUUUAAUCCUUUUUUUCUAUUAAAGAACUGUCAAUAAAAGCACUUUACGUAUCUCUGUGCCCUCCUUCCUGCCCGUUCAAGCCGCUUCUGUAGUCCUUCGCACCUGCCGGGGAAGGCAUGACAUUUAGCUCGUCGGCCCCCGUUCGUCCGUGUUGUAAAUGCUAAAAACAAAACAAAACUGAAUUGUUGCGUGAAUUUCUAAAUACAAUAAAGACUGAUAUGAAUUUGC